AUGAUUACCGAAUCAGUGGAUAUGGAAUACCUCCAAAACAACCAAUAUACUAAUGAAGGAAUUAAAGCCUAUGAAUUUAUAUUUGGAGAGGAUUACAUUUCUUCUGGAGGAAUAAUCGCAACAAGGAAAAUUUUGAGCGACAUAUAUUUGGAACCAAAUUCGAAAGUACUAGACAUCGGCUCGGGCUUGGGUGGCGGAAGCAAAUACAUAAAUCAGAAAUACGGUUGCCAUGUUUAUGGAGUGGACAUAUGCGAAAAGAUGGUUGCCAUCGCCAAGCUAAGAAACAAGGAUAAAGCAAAGAUCGAAUUUGAAGCCAUUGACAUACUGAAAAAAGAAUUCCCAGAAAACACCUUUGACAUGAUAUACAGCAGAGACUCCAUUUUGCAUUUGUCCUAUGCCGACAAGAAAAAAUUAUUUGAAAAAUGCUACAAGUGGCUAAAGCCAAAUGGAAUUCUUUUAAUAACCGACUACUGUGCGGAUAAGAUAGAAAAGUGGGACGAAGAGUUUAAGGCCUACGUUAAGAAGAGAAAGUAUACCCUUGUGCCAAUACAAGAAUAUGCAGAUUUGAUUAAGUCCUGCAAGUUCCAAAAGGUAGAGUCAAAGGAUAUCAGCGAUUACUGGCUGCAGUUACUACAGAUGGAACUCAACAAAUUGGAGGAAGACAAGGACAAGUUCACCAAGGUGUACUCUAUUAAGGAGUAUAGCUCCUUGAAGGAUGGAUGGACCAGAAAGAUUAAGGACACCAAGAAGGGUGUGCAAAAGUGGGGUUACUUCAAGGCCCAGAAGAUGAUCUGA